UCCGGCGGUGGCCACAGUUCGGUUCUGAGCCUUCGCGAAGCCCCACACGAUUGCCGUCGCAAGAGAGCGUGUGCGGUGUGCUGUGCAUGUGUGCCUGUGUGUGUAUGUGUUUGUGUGUGUAUGUGAGUGUUUUUUGCGCUUUAUACCCUGAAGCUGUAAACAAGAGAUGAUAAAUAUUAAAAUAAAAGCAAGCAUAAACACUGCGCUCUAGAGGUGUUAUGAUUCAAACGGAACGUGGGUGCAAAGUGUCGUGAUUAGUGAGAAAGUGUGUUUUGUGUUUAUGUUCCCGUGGUUUUUUUUUCUCUGCAUUCUGAGUUCGAAUAAUCAUUCUGUGUCGUAUCUGGUGUCGUGUGCCGUGAAUGUGUUUGCAUCAAUACAAGAAAUGCAGAAAGUGCGUUAAAGAAACACACACACACGCAGCAACCGUCAUCCCCGCCCGCCCCCCGCCAUCGGUGGGGUGACACCGCGGCUAAUCAGCAGUAGUACGAGUACGUGGAAGGGAAAGGGUGCGGACGCCACACUUCCAUAUUGCGUCCAUCAACUUUUCUGGCCUGGAGCGCGGAAAACGUACGGACCGGCAAAAUUUUCCUCACACACUUCUUCCGCUGGACCGGAAAGCUACUGCUCGGAGCAAGCUGGCUGCUCUCGCUGAUUAUUUCGGAGACAUUUUUCUUUCAUUAACCAGCAAGAAAAGUUCGUCCAAGGGCAAGCACAAGAAGAGCCGAAAGGGCAAGAAACCGUUGGUAGCAUCGGCAUUGUCACCAACGUCCAUCACGUCGGGCCUGUCCGUAUCUUCUGCAUCUGAUUCGCCCUCAUCGCCCACACAAAACGCAUCCUCAUUUACUGCUACAGUUGCUUCGACACAGUUGCUUCGCACGUCGGCACCAUCAUCCGCAUCGGGAACGGUAGUAACGGAAAGCAUCACGUCCUUGCAGCAGACGAUGAGCACUGUUGCCGUUGCUGCGCAGCAGCAUAUCACUGAUAGCCGCACGCACAGCCACAAUCUCGCCGAGCAGCAACCUGCGGCGAGCGUCAGUUCGAUAUCGGUCGAGAACGGACAUUCUUCCGGUAUGCCAUGUGCGCCCUGUCCGAGCAAUGGUUCGACCUUAGCGGGCAUUUCGCCCGAAUCGGCAGCUACAGUUCCUGGCUGUGGUGGUGGAGUUGUUGGCUGUAGUAGCGACAGUAUCAGUAGUAGUACUAGUAGUAGUAGUGGCAACGCCAUGGCAGACAGCCAAACAGACACAAGUGCUCCAUCUGUUGGAGGUGAUGGACAGCAACAACAGAUGAAGCAGCAGCAGCAACAACAACAGCUUGUCGACUCCCCUCAACAGCAGCAACAGCAAGAUCAACCUGCUGCACCGGGCAGCCGUCCGACGUCCGGUGGCCGACAGCAAAGGAUUGCUGGUGGAAAAGGCAAGCAUUUAACACGCAGUCACGCGAUGCGUGAGUCAACUUCCCCGCCCCGAACACCAACACCACGAUCUCCAUCCGAUACGCACAAUAGCAAUCCAAUCAGUAGCACCGGCAGCGGUAGUACGGGUGGAAUAAGCAACACGACCACUGCCACCACUACGAUUGCCAGUAGCAACAGCAGCAGCAGCAGCAGUGGUAUCGCACUCAGCAAUGGUCCCCAAGGCCAGCCAGAACGAUCGUCAGGAGCAGCAUCCACCAUGAGCGACGCCGAAUCGCUGGCCAAACAUAACAGCGCUGGCCCGGGCGGAGGUGGUGGUGGGACUGGCGGUGGCACCAGUGGCAACAGUUCACCAAACAUCGUCCUCUUUGCCGGUGGUGAGGAUCAGCAACGUAAUGGUAAAUCUCAGCUAGAUUUAGACUUCCCGAAGCUGACACCGCCGAAGACGUCCUUUAAUCCGAACGCUGGUAGUAACGGUGCGCAUCAUCCACACUCGCAAAAGGGAAACAGUGUGAAGAGCAACGGAACGGCAACUCAUCACGCUAGGGCGAAUGGUAGCGCACCCGGUGGUGAGCCAGACAAAUCGGCACCGUUGACAACCACCGCCGGUGCGACGUUCUCAGUAGCGACCGGAGGCAGCAAUAACGCGAAACAGACAACACCGUCACAGCAAGGCGUGACGAGCACGGUUUCACCUAACGGCACCGAUACACCGGACGGUGGUGGAACGACUCGCGGCGGAGGUGGGAUGCUAGCGAGUCAAAGUCCGUCCAAUCAUAAUCUCGUACCGGUGUCCGGAUCUGGCAAUGUAUCCGCGGCAACAUGUGAUACUACUGCGGUCGGAGGUGAUCCGUCGAUGGCGGGUGCUGUAGGCAAAGCGCUGUCUACGCAUACCGCUCCGGCACAGUCAGCUGCGAAUAGCAACUUUUGUGAUAACGAUGGUCGCCAUGGUUCGUACCAGCACCAGCAUCAGCGCGAUGUGAGCUUUAGCGACAAUGAAGGAGCUGGUGGUGGCCCGACGACGAACGUCGACGGUCAGAUCAAUAUACAGUUCUCGCACGAAACGGAAACACGUUACAUCCAGUGCGAUAGUCCUACGGAUAGCCUUAUGCGAAGCGGUAGUAAUGCGGGUGGUACAGGUACUGGGCCAACUACCACACCACCCAGUGGUGGCGGUAAGAAACGUAGUGGUGCUUCCGGGAAGGGUGGAAAUAAGGCGACCCGGUUGAAACAUCUGAGCGGAGGCUCGUCCUCCAGUGUUGACGGAGGUGGCGGAGGAGGCACCGGUGGCGGUGGUGGUGGUGGAAAUGGCGGCUGUGGUGGCGGGAUGGCUUCGUUUAUGUCGCGCGACAGUCUCUGCGAUCCGUUCACCGACCAGAGCGGUGUGAAUUUGCUUCAGUUUUUCAAGGAAACGCUGAACAAAAACUUCAAAGACCGCAACAUGCUGAUGAAGAUUGAGAAGGAGCUACUAUCGCUGGCGAUGGAUCGUAGCCGGAGUCAGAUGAAAUUUCCGCCCAUGUCUUCCUACAACCGAAUGUUGAUACACCGGGUGGCGGCCUACUUCGGCAUGGAGCACAACGUGGACGCAACGCAGCAGUGCGUGAUUGCGGAGGUGACACCGGCCACCCGCAUACCGGACAUACGGUUUAAGAAUCUCAUUUCGGACAGCUUCUCGGAGGAACCGCGCAAAUCCAUCCUGAAGCGGGACACGCACAGCUUCGACGAGUACCAUCGGUUCGGUAGCGGUGCUGGCGGUGGUGGUGGAGGAGGAGGAGGAGGUGGUGGUGGAUCCGGAAGUGGUCUUCUGCACUGUCCCGAUCGGGGCAUGCUGGAUCGGAAAGCGAAAAGCUUCGAGGAGCGUGAGGAAGAGUAUGAGAAGUCGAAGCGGAGAUUAUUCAAAAAUCGCGAGCAUGAUUCCGAGUCCGAUCAGUGGCAGUGGAUAUCGACCGAUGGUGGUGGUGUUGCUGGUGGCGGCGCCGGUGUUGGUACGACGCUGGUUGACCUCAAUGCCGCCCGGCACCAGCAUAAACUGCAGAACAAUCGCUUGCUGAAAGUACAAUCAGUGUCAAUUGAGGGACGAUCGGAAGAACGGCCUUGCGUAUCGAAAUCUCACAGCUUCGGAGGUUAUGGAGGAUCGUCACAGAAUGCAUCGUUGCUGCGGGGCGAUUCGAUAACGUCAACCAAAAGUGCCGGUGCGCGGUUGUUUACGAAGCAGGACUCGAACGCCAGCACCAACACGCCCUGGAGGCUGUCCCCGUCAAGCAGUGGGUCGUACCUUACUUCCAGUUACAAAACCCAAUCGAUCCGCUCGGAUUCGGUAACACCGUCCCCAACUGGCUACGGCAGCGGUGAUCACACACCGGAACCGUGCGUCCCAUCACCGUCGGCUACGUGCGGCGUCAUGUGGGCCGUCACCGACAUGGCCAGUGUGCCGAAGGGAAGUGUACUGAUUGAUCCCCAGACGUUUCAGCCGAUUGUUAACCAGGACGGCUCGCUGUAUCAUUUCGACCCAUCCAAUCUACCACCGGCUGCGGGCGGUCCGUGGCCACCAAGUGGCAAAAUGUCGAAGCGAAGGUUUGAAAAGCAAAAGUCAUUCAACAGUAAGAACAAUCUCAAUAGUAGCAGUUCGCUCGAAAGCGCUACAGAUGGGCCGUCGCUAGGAAAGACGGUCGAAUGUGGACAACAGACGGCAAUUCCUACCGUCGGUGAGUGCGGUACCGGUGCCAUCACGACCAUCAUGACGGUGGUAUCAACGACAGCGACAACGACACCGACCACCAUCGCGGAGGAGGUGGUCAACGAGCUCGGAUGCUACGAUGUGGGUGUCAACUCUGGCGGCCUAAAAUUACUAAGCGUUAAAGAUAAUCCAGAUAUGGAUGAAAACUCAAGCCUCUGCGAAGAAAUCUCACAAACGACAAACGAGCUUGGUGGGUUGAAGUUACAGAAACAUCAAGCCACUAGUCCUAUGCUGCAGGCAAGCGAACUGCAGCCAAUCGAUAUGAAUGAAAUACAAUACGGUACCAAUCAGCACGAAAGUGGAACACUCAUGCAUACUGCCAACUCUGCACUGCUGGAUAAUGAUCGAUCCUUGAUCGACGAAGUGGUGGAAGUGACGGGAGAGGAGCAAGACGAUCUCGGCGAUAGGCUGGACGCGCUGGACAAACCCGACCACAACAAUCCGGCUCUCGGUGCUGCUGUACAAUUGUUGCACGUACACGAUCCUGUCAGUAGUAGCAGCACGCUGGAUGCCGGCGAAGACGAUGACGAGGAUCGUAGCGAAACUCCGACCGACGGUGGACAGGAGGAGGUGGACAAGAAAAAUGACAUGGUUAAGGUAGCUAACGUGGUACAGACGGUAGUACCUUUGACCAGUUAUGCGAGCACCACCACAACACCGAACGGUGGUAGUGGUGUCGGUGGUGGCGGUGUUAGCGCUUAUACCGUCACGUACGAUGGUGGAGGUAGUGGUCAUCCGGGUGCUACCGUAUACGCAACCGGUACGCCAGGCCUGUCAACGACGACAUAUCAGACCGCGCCGGACGGUGCCAUUUAUGCCGUACCAUCCUCGCUGGUCUACACAUAUCCCACGGCAAUGGAUCCAACCGAAAUGUCCGGUGGGUACUUUGUGCCAGUGUACGAUCCGCAGCAACAGCGUGAAGCGAGCCUCUGUUCAACACCGGGCGCUUCCAUCUACUCGGCUCCGGCCGGUGCGACUUCGACAGUAUUGCAUCCGAUCGCGUACACACAGAGUGCGGCUGCUGCUGCGGCUGCAGCUGCCGCUGCCUAUACUGGUGCGCCACUGUACCAAAAUCCGGUGAUGUAUUCGUCCGACCAAUUCCCCGCGGCACAAGCGGCCGCCGCUGCAGCAGCCGGUCAGCUUUCACAGUAUCCCAUUAGCUACCCGAUCGGAAUAGGAUAUCCGUUUAAUGGGGCUGCGUACCAAAACUACUGGAAUCAACCAAUCACUUACUACGUUCCUCAGACGCCCGUACCAUCAACGGUGGGCGGUGCGUCAAUACUAAUGCAGCCUCCGAUACCGCAAACUCCUACCAAUGGUGGAAUUAUCACAACCACCGCAUCAACACCGAGCACCGGCAACAAUUCGUCGGGUGCGCCUAUUUCCGGCAAGCGCAACACGACUCCUCCCAACAGUGGGCACGGUCAAUCGCAAGGUGGCGCCACGCACAGUGCCUCGGUAACACCGGUUCCGAUAUCACCGUUCACCGCCAAUAUUUCCGUACCACUGCCCGAUUCGUCAUCGGCUGCCGCUGCCGCCGCCGCUGCUGCUGGUGCGCCGAUGUACGCCGCCUUCCCGCAACCACUGUACCCCAACAUGCUUCCAUUUGCAAGCCCGAUGGCGACACAUCCUCAUUCGGUUGCGGCCACUGCCGGCACGCUGGUACCCACUGCCGCAUCAUUCCAUCCGCAUCCGCCAUCCGGUGGAGCACAGCAUCAUCCCGCUUCUUCUACCGGCGGUACGCACGGUGGUGAAUCGACACCACUGUCCGGUGGUAAUGGGCACCAUCAGCAUCAUUCACAGUACCACCAUCAUCAGCAUCACCAGCAGGGCGGCAGCAGUGGUCACUAUUCCAGCGUGAAUGGACCAUCGAAUGGAGGCGGUAACAGCAGCAGCAGUAGUAGCAGUAGCAACAGCAGCCACAGUGGUGGCAACCACAGUACCAACUGUGCGACAAACGCACCGACACCACAGUCGACGCCCAGUACACCGCUUUCCCUGCCAAUGUCUAUGCCAUCGCAUCACGGUGGUGUUCCCGGUGCAACGCAUAAAGGCAUGCCGCUCUUUCCUACACCUCCCAUUAUGCCGAGCGUAACCGGAGGUGGAGGAUAUGCCGGUGGGCAUCAUCAUUAUGGUGCGUCGGAUGAACGCAAAGCGGGAAAUGGAGGUUACCAGGGUAGCAAACCGCGACAACCCAAUGCAAACUCCGGUGCAAACGGUGGAAGCUACUUUAGCUACAAUGCGUCCGCGAACGGUGGCCGACAGAUGACGCCGAACAGCAAUGCGGGAAGUGGCAGCUAUCAACCGCCCGGUGGAGGUGGCAUGAAGGGAAGCUACGCACAGAACAAUACAGGGAACAAUAACCAAAACCAGAACGGUCCACUGAUCCUGGGACCGCCUCCGUCGGGUAAGGGUAAUCGCCACGAUGGUACCGCGCCGCAAAACGUAACCAACGCGAACAGCAACUCCUCCAGCAAGCCACCACUGAUACCGACGCUGCCGAGCAUGGUCGUACCGGGUGCGGCCGCACCGAGCACGGGAAUGGCGGGCGAUAAGACGCGUCUGAAUCGCUCCUCGAAACCGCCCAAUCUCGAUCUGAAGCGCAGCUACAACAGCAACAGUUACGGUGGGGUGAACAACCGUAACACGCCCAGCACAAAUUCGAACGAAAGCAAUGGCUCACCGAACAGUAUUACGUCGUCGUCUGUGCACGAGCACGGUGCAUCUCAAUCGCAUCAUCCCAUGGGACCGCCGCAUCAUGCCGCAGCUACACAUCACCACGGUGGCCACGGUGGUAACAAUCAUCCGUCGACACCGACCUCGCAUCAUCACGGUAGCAACCAUCCGGUCGUGUCGGCCGGUGGCCAACCAUCUCAGCACGGUACACUGCACCAUCAUCAUCAUCCGGCGCAUCCGCACGCGCAACACCAUCAUCCCCAUCACGGUGGAAACCAACCGAUGCCGCCCGGUGUUCAGCAACAAACUCACGGUGGUCCCGGUGGAGGUGGCGGUGGAGGAGGAGGAGGGGCUGGUGGUACGACACAUUACUAUCAUCCGGGUGGAGGUCAAUCGAUGGCACCAGCUGGAGCAGGGCAGCAGCACCAUUCCGGCCAAUCGUCGUAUUAUUCGGGCGGUGCAGGAAACGGUCCAUCACAGCGCGGAGGCAGCGUAGGAAGCAAUGGCGGUGGCAGUGGCACCGGUUCCGGAUCCGGUGCGAACACCGGUGCACACACCGCGACACAUCCGCACGCGAUGCCUGCAGCUGUAAUGCAUAAUUCGGCUGUUGCUGCAGCAGCCGCUGCUGCCGCGGUCGAACCGUACCAUCAGCAGCUGAUCCCGAUCAAUGCCGCUACCGGGAUGUCUUACGUCAAGAUUGGCCAGGCGUACUACCCUUCGUUAACGUUGCCGCAAAGCCGCCGAUCGCCUCCGAACGAAAUUCGUCCAAUUGCGGGUGUCUAUCCGACGAUGAAUAUGGUGAUGCCGGCAUCACGACAAUUCACACCACGACCACAGCACAGCACCGGGUACAGCAGUGCCAAGGCGGCUAAAUCGCUUCGAUAAAGAAGCAUACAAAUAGCAGCAUGUUGCCGCAUGGCAACGAUGGGUAGUAUGUCCUUCAACGGUGGAAAAUCGCAAACAAAUCGUACGGUAAUACAUUACGAUAAGUAUAAACCUUAAUCGAACUAACAACAACUGAUUGUAGUGCAGUAACGCGUAACACAUAGCGCAAACCUAGACAACCUUUACCAUACAACAACAAAAAACAUACUAUUAGGGGUUAUAAUGU